ACCCUUUUGGUGGCUCUGGUGGUCAUCUUUUCUCAUAUGUUGGCUGGGUCUAAGCCUAGACUUGGCUGUGAGUGCUCAGGUGCUGUAGAGGGGCCUCUUAGCGACAGCCUAUUUCCUUCUGAGUUAGCACCAAACCCAAGGUUCUUAGUCAGGUGACCGUGAAGUCCCGCCACCAUGUUUUUCUCUCAAGGUGGCUGCGCCUCAGGUACGAAGUAUUUCAGUGAUGGGUGAAGUCAGGUUUCUUCUACCCAGUUCUUCCUUUUUGCUUACACCUGUGGGAGAGCAUCCUCGACCUUGGCACAGAAGAACAAACCAAAGCACCACAAGCCUAUGUCCUAUCACCACGAUUCGUUGCUACCACAGCAUUGCUCAAGCCAGACUCCUAAGCUGUUUCAUUUCAGGCCGGCAUUCUCACGCUCAGCUGUGUUUGCAUGUGGAGUUGAAGUUCACUUAAGGUGUGGUGUCAAGAGAACCCAAGGGCUUGUCUGUUGCUCCUUGAUUAAGGCUUCAGGGCGUCAACAGUCAGCCCGUCAGUGUUAUGAUGUAUCCAGCUGGUCCAGGAUCCGGUGACUCCCCAGAGGGCUUCUCCGAACAGCCAAGGCUUCAGCCACAAAUUGGAAAUGGCACAGCUCAGACACUGGAUGCUUUCUUUACAUGUCGAAAAAAUGCCCUUCUGGCGAAGAGCUCAUCCCCCCAGGUAGAGGGUAACUUUGCCAUGGCCCCUCGGGGGCCUGACCAAGAAGAGUGUGAGGGCCUGCUGCAGCAGUGGCGAGAAGAAGGGUGGAACCAGACACUCUCAACUGCAAGCGAGGGUCCCCUUGCAGAUAAGGGACUAGCUGAGAGCAGCCUGGCCCUCCUGAUGGAUAAUUCUGGAGAACAGGAUGCUGCCUCGGAGGACAAGUGGUCCAGCAGGCAGCUGAGUGACCUUCGGGCAGCAGAGAACCUGGACCAGCCUUUCCCUGAGGUGCUAGGGGAGGAGCCUCUGGCCGAGGUUGAGGGUCCUUUGUGGGCGGCUGUUCCGGUACAGACAGGGCCCCAGUAUGCAGAUUGUGCUGUUCUUCCAAUGGGUGCGAUGGCCGCAGAACAGUGGGAAGAGGACCCUGCAAUGGUGGCCUGGAGCAUAGCACCAGAGCCUAUGCCCCAGGAGGAGACUUCCAUGUGGCCCUUUGAAGGCCUGGAACAGCUGCAGCCUCCCCCAAUGGAAAUACCUUAUCAUGAAAUCCUGUGGCGAGAAUGGGAGGAUUUCUCCACACAGCCAGAUGCUCAGGGUCUGGAGGCAGGAGACGGCCCUCAGUUCCAGUUCACUCUGAUGUCGUAUAAUAUCCUGGCCCAGGACCUGAUGCAGCAGAGCUCAGAGCUCUAUCUGCAUUGCCAUCCAGACAUCCUCAACUGGAAUUACCGCUUUGCCAACCUCAUGCAGGAAUUCCAGCACUGGGACCCGGAUAUCCUGUGUCUUCAGGAAGUCCAGGAAGACCAUUACUGGGAGCAGCUGGAGCCCUCUCUGCGGAUGAUGGGCUUCACCUGUUUUUACAAGAGGAGGACUGGGUGUAAAACGGAUGGCUGCGCUGUGUGCUACAAGCCCACCAGGUUCCGUCUGCUCUGUGCCAGCCCUGUGGAGUACUUCCGGCCUGGGUUGGAGCUCCUCAAUCGGGACAAUGUGGGCUUAGUGUUGCUGCUGCAGCCGCUAGUGCCAGAAGGUCUGGGGCAAGUCUCAGUGGCUCCCCUGUGUGUGGCAAAUACCCAUGUCCUGUACAACCCGCGUCGGGGUGAUGUCAAGCUGGCCCAGAUGGCCAUUCUUCUGGCCGAGGUGGACAAGGUGGCCAGGUUGUCAGAUGGCAGCCACUGCCCCAUCAUCCUGUGUGGGGACCUGAAUUCUGUCCCUGACUCACCUCUCUACAACUUCAUCAGGGAUGGAGAGCUCCAGUACAAUGGCAUGCCAGCCUGGAAGGUUUCUGGACAGGAAGACUUCUCUCAUCAGCUUUACCAGAGGAAGCUGCAGGCCCCACUGUGGCCCAGCUCCCUGGGCAUCACUGACUGCUGUCAAUAUGUUACCUCCUGUCAUCCCAAGAGAUCAGAGAGACUGAAAUAUGGCCGAGACUUCCUACUACGAUUCCGCUUCUGCGACCUCGCUUGUCAGCGACCAGUAGGACUGGUUCUCAUGGAAGGAGUGACAGACACUAAGCCAGAUCGACCUGCUGGUUGGGCCGAGUGUAUCUUUGAGGAAGAGAUAUCUGAACUUGAGCCUGUCUUCCCCAGGACUAUAGGCACCAUCCAGCACUGCCUCCACCUGACCUCAGUGUAUACCCAUUUCCUGCCCCAGCAUGGCUGCCCAGAGGUCACCACGAUGCCCUUAGGGCUUGGGAUGACAGUGGAUUACAUUUUUUUCUCAGCUGAAUCCUGUGAGAAUGAGAACAGAGCCGAUCACAGACUGGAUCGAGAUGGAACUCUCAAGCUCCUGGGCCGCCUCUCCCUCCUCUCUGAAGAGAUUCUCUGGGCUGCCAAUGGCUUACCCAACCCCUUCUACUCUUCAGACCAUCUCUGCUUGCUUGCCAGCUUCGGCAUGGAAGUCACUGCCCCAUGAGGGGCCCCAGGGAAAGAGCUCACUGGACCGACGACUGCAAAUGCCCCGUGCUGUGGAAACUUCCGUCCCUUCCCUUGUCCCAUCCUGCCCGUGGUUAGACUUUCUCCAGGCCUGUCCACGUUCUCGGCCUGUGGUCCCUGCCCUGCCCCAACCUCUUCCUAAUCCUGGGCCACAUGCUAGGUGGCCCCUCGAGAGGUGGAGAAUUCUCCCCUUUCUUCCAUGUACCCAGCACCCCUCCCCCCAUUGAUUUUUUUUUUAAUGACCAGGGUUGCGGGAGUUAUUGAUCUCAUUGGUUAUUCGCUUUCAGGCCAUUUCUUGGUGGCACCCUCUGACCCAACCUUCCCUUUCCUUUCAUGACCUCUGGGCUCUGGCAUACACAUGAGCAAGGUGUGUGUAAAGCGUGAGUUCUCUUGGGGCGGGACUGCCCAGCACAGCCAAAGCCUACCUCUGCCUAGUCCAUGUGCUACCUACCAUGAGCUGCUGGGCUAGGGACAGGUUGAAAGCAUGACAUAGUAGCUGUGUGCUGCCGGGAAGCAGCAGGUAUGGGGCCCUUUUCUCCCAGUCAGUCAUCUCAGCAUCCUGGGCACACUUGUUAUUUCUGGAGACAAAUUGGCCCCCAGCCUGGAGCAGCAGCUCAGGGAUGCCCUAACCUCAGAUCUCCUCACUGCCUUCCUUGAGGAAAAGGGGUGGACGCCUUGUGCUGGGGUUCACUGGGCUGGCACAGUGCUGGGAGGCUUUGGCAUUUGAAGGAUGAGGAGACUGAGCCUUCAGGGAACUGUUGUCUCUCCAGACUCUGAAGAACUGGGUAAGAGCAGGAGGCUCUACAGCAGCCUUAGCCAGCACUGGAGCCCCAGAGGGCUUGAUCUCUGACCUCUGCGCACCUAAGAAAGUUUCUUUUCUUCUUCUCUCUCCUCCCCCUCCCCUCCCUUGUUCCCUCCCAUUUUCUCUCUGGAGAAGCCUGCUUGUUUAGCUCAGGCCAAAACAUCUCAACAGAAGCCUGGCUUUGGGCAAACUAGGUCUAAGAACUCAGGGUGGCAGUGCUUGCCCAUUUAUCUGCCUUUUCCUCCCCAAACACGGGCUCCUCUCCCCUAACCUACUGAAAACCCCUGUAGCCCAAACCAUGUCACCUGCAUGCCUUACUGCUGGGGUGCAGUAGAAUGUCCUCAGGUCUCCACACAGCUUCAACUCAGAAUAUCUGCUGGCCCAGAGAUGAGGGGAUUGACUGAGGCUGCAGUUAGGCAUGGUGGAGCAGCAGUUACAUCCUUCCCUUGAGUUGAAAGCCAGAGACCUGUCUGGAAUAAUGCUGCUGCUGCUGCAUUGCUGACUCUCAGCUUCCCAUGCUCAGGUCUGGGGGACGUCUUUUCCUAUGUGUGUCUAUUUUUAAGUUUUGUUUUCUGGGUACUGGACAUCUGCCUGUCUGAGCCCCAGGCCCAUCUAUCUGUCCAAAGCCCACUUUUCACCGUCACUCUCUGGGCACCACCUGAGAUGGUUCCACAACCGUACCCUGUUGGUUCUCAGAACAAGGGCCAAUGAUUGUUCCCCCUGCCAGGAAAUGCAGGUUCAACUGCUAAAGGAGGCAGAGGGUCAGAGCUUGGUGGUUUAUCUUUUCCUUGUUUCUCCUUUGUUUCUGUUUUAGAAAUGAAGUGUGGGGGUUUAAAUGGCACUUAAACUGCACCCUGGAACCACCAGAACCAGGCAACGUUUUUUCCAAAUAAAGGCUUACCAUGCCCCCUA